CUGAGUGUACACGAGUGUACGGGUUAGCGUCGGCUGGACGUGAUAUACCUCGUGCAAUCCCAUAUAGAUAGAGUCCAUAGCCGUACGUGGGGCGACUGACGUCAUUGUGGCGGAAAAACGGUUGCAGAGAUGAAGGGCAGCUCCGCAGGGGAGAGUGGAGAAACAGCGGAGGGAGAGUGGAGAGGGAAAGCGAGAGGGGAGAAGAGCAGCAUGACUCAUGUAAUUGACUGUUGAUGACUUCAAACAUUGAGACACUUCAUGCACAGACAUAGGCACACAUUCUCUCACGACAACCAUCGGAAGCGGACAGACAAAAAAGAUCAGUGAUUUUAAAAAACUCGCAUAUCUCCGUUAAAAGACAGAGGAACACGUGAGAGGGCCGGAUACCGGGAGAGGAUUGUGUUUGUGUCCGAUACUGUCGCAGCAUGAUAGCCGCUCACGGUUAACCGGAGGAAGGCUUGCCAGUGCUCUGCAGCCAUAGCACUUGUCGGUGUAUGGAUGUGGUACUGCAGCCACGAUCGCCCCUGUGUGUCCGUCUCCCUCCUUUCGGAUCUCCGGCGGCUCUGACGGCGCUGUCUGCCUUCUGUGUAAACCGCAUGCGGGCAGUGGGCUGCUAGGAGGGGGCGAGAUGCCAGGCCAGCUGCGGACGGCUCUACUCGCUUGUGCUGCGCUGCUGUCGGGCUUGUGUCGGGACUGUGCAGGUCUCCCCGGCGGGACGCGCGGGAGCCACGAUGCGCAUCCCUCCGCGACAUCUUCUUCGAGUGACAGAGGGGGAGGAAAUGGAACGGUGUCUCCAAACUGGGUCCUGCACGGAAACCACCGCGCUAAUUAUAGUGAGAAUAUUAACGAUGACAUAAGCAGUGGCCCGGCUGUGCCAAAGUACAGGGGAAGCCUCAGUCAUGGCAACCCCAGAGCCACGAACAAUAACAGCACCAGCAGCAAAAACAGCUCCGCAACUGUGAAAAGGCCGGACUUCACUGUCAGUGGGGAUGAGCAGGGAGAGGACAGCGGGGCGACACUAAUGUGCGCCUACAGGGUGAUGGAGACGGGGGGCCGGGACAAGCUGUGCUUCCGGGACACGCAGCGCAGGUUCGACUGCCGGAGCGGGGAGUGUCAGAAGGUGAGGUCGCCGGGGGGACACUUGGUGGCCAACGUGCUGACAAAUGGCAGCGUGCUGAUACAGUGGGGCCGCGGGAGAGGACGGGGGGGCAACCGAACGCAGGAGGGAGGGCAGAGAGGGGCACAGGCCCUGGGGGUGCUGGAGGAGCAGGGGUGGGGGCGGGAGACUGAGAAAGCCGAAGACAGAGAAGAGAGGCAAAAACCUGUCGAGGAGGAAGGGGAGGAAGAGGGGAAGAGGAAGGGCUCGGCUUCAGCGCCCCCGCCGAGGCUUGGGCGCAGACGACACGCCCGUCAGGGUGGGUUCGGGCUCAGCUGCUGGUGGAACGGCAGCUACACGCAGUUCGAGUGCGCCGGCGUGCUCCUGGGGGCCAGCUGCAGGGACUACCUGCUGAGCGAGCUGCACGAGAACGUCCCUUACCGCAUCUGCCUGCGCCCACUCCCACAGCAGGCCCGCUCCGACCGCCCCCCCGCCGCCGGUGGCCAUGGCGACGACCCCGGGGAGUGCGUGGAGUUCACCGUCUCACCCUCGGGGAUGCAGGACAUUGUGAUUGCCAUGACGACCGUAGGAGGGGCCAUCUGCGUGAUGCUGGUCAUCAUCUGCCUGCUGGUCGCCUACAUCACAGAAAACAUCAUGAGCCCUGCAGCGCAGCAUGGCCACACCGCGCCACGCUCACACCUCGCAGCACGCACACAUUCCCGUCACUGAGGGGAUCGUGGGAAAUAAAUAUUAUUAAAAACACGACACAAACACAGGGCACAUGAAAGGUACAUCGCUGAGAGAACAAUGAGCUAAGCUACACAACUCAGACAUUACACUACAUACACACACACACACGUACACACCACUGAGACCUCUGUUCUGCACAGAACUUUCUUUCUGUGAGUGUGCGUAUUUGUGUGUGUGUUUUUUCACUGUGUAUCUCACUCACUGUUUGCUGAUGUUAACUGCUAUGGAGUGUACUGCAUCAGAUACAGUACACAGGUACAUUAAAACUUAGAUGGAAAUAUAACUAGAUUGACUUAGGAACAAAUAGAUGUAGGCUAUAGAUAGAGAAAUUAGUAUAUAGAAUUAGCAUAUAGACUGAUACAUAACUUAUAUUGAUAUGUUAGAUAGACAGGUCCAGACCCUGAUAGUAGACCCUGUUCAUUUUCCAAAAAUUAGUUCUGAUUAGCUCCAGUAGGUAGUGAUAGGUGUAGGUACAUUAGGCUGAAUAGUACUCAUUUGCACCAAAAGUAAAUUAGAGGUUAACACCCUGUCCUACACCCCUAAAAUCUUAAAAGCAAAAAAAAACUAACUGAUUGGAAAAAAAAUGUAGACUUGCCUUACCUUUCACAGCUAUGUUUACAUAACAGCAUAGUUUUACUUACUGUUCACUGCUGUAUGUAACCUCAGGCUGGUCUCUAUCCUGUGCAAUACUGUUCUAUACUUCUGUAUUCUGAAUACCUUUC